AUGUGCACAGACGGGCCGUCACCUGGCCACGUUUACCCCCCCCCCGUGCGAGUGUCAUCACCUGUCAUCACCCCUCGCUACCUGGUCUCUGGUCUUCCCAGGUCUCUGCCUUCCCUCCCGCCCUCGCCUGCCCCGCCCUGCAUUCCUUGCGUCGAGGGGCGGCAGCGCGCCACUCCUCACUCCUCCUCGUUUCCCCCGAUAGAUGCUCCCCUGCAGACUCUCCACCUGGACGUGUGGGGCCCAGCCCGCGUCCAGGGACAGGGCCGCGAGCGGUACUUUCUGCUGGUUGUCGUUUUCUACUCGCGUUACACAACGGUCUUCUCCUUGCGCAGCAAAGCUGAAGUCCCUCCUGUUUUGAUUCUUGUGCGUCUCGAGCUCCACGAGCGGUUCGACACGGACCUUCCCGUCCUGCGUCUGCACUCUGACAGAGGUGGUGAGUUCUCCUCUGACCUCUUGCGGGACUUUUGUCAGGGGGAGGGCAUCCUCCAGUCGUUCACGCUUCCGGCCUCUCCGCAGCAGAAUGGGGUUGCUGAGCGCCACAUUGGCUUAGUCAUGGAGGUUGCUCGUACCUCCAUGAUCCAUGCGCCGGCUCCCCAUUUUCUGUGGCCGUUUGCGGUCCGGUACGCUGCGCAUCAGCUCAACCUCUGGCCCCGUGUCUCCUUGCCGGAGACCUCGCCCACAUUGCGUUGGACGGGGGAGGUUGGCGAUGCAUCGCGCUUCCGGUUUUACCACCCCAUGUCGCGUCGGGUGUUCGCCUCUCAAGACGUUACGUUUGACGAGUCGGUUCCCUUUUACCGUCUCUUUCCCUACCGCACUGCCCCUCUCCCCCCCCCGCCGCUCUUCCUCGCUCCAGGUGUGUCUCAGGUAGACCCGCCUCCCUUGCCUGAGCCUGUCGAGGUCACUGGUGACUCAGGUGCCGCUGAGGGUGGUGCUGCUCGGGUUGUUGCGUCUGGGGGUGUUGAGCCUGCGGGUAUGGAGCCUGAGCGUGUAGAGCCUGGGGGUGUUGUGCCUAGGGGUGCUGAGCCUGGGGGUGCUACGCCAGAGCGGGAGGAGCCUAGGGGUGCUGAGCCUACGGGUGCUACUUCUGGGGGUGCUGAGCCUGGUGGUGCUACGUCUACCGGCGGUCUUCCGGGUUCCUCGCCGCGGUGGUCUCCCCAGCGAGGGCCUCUCUCACCACAGCAGCUGCGCGAGUGGUUGGCUCAGUGCGCCCGCCUUUGGAGUGGUACUACUGGUCCUGGUGAGGCUGGACCUGGAGGCCCUGGAGCUGGAGGUUCUGGAGCUGGAGGUACUGGAGCUGGAGGUGCUGCACCUGGUGGUAUGGAGCUACUAGUCCUGGAGCGCUACCGCCUUCCGCGUGGAGCUGCUGGAGCUGGAGGACCUAAAGCUACUAGUACCGCAGGAGCUGGCACUGCUGGUCCCGGAGGUGCUCGUACUGGGGGUACUGGAGCUGCCGGGGCUGGUGGUGCUGCUGGUGCUGGAGGUGCUGGUGGUGCUGGCACUGCUGGUCCCGGAGGUGCUCGUACUGGAGGUACUGGAGCUGCCGGGGCUGGUGGUGCUGCUGGUGCUGGAGGUGCUGGUGGUGCUGGCACUGCUGGUCCCGGAGGUGCUCGUACUGGGGGUACUGGAGCUGCCGGGGCUGGUGGUGCUGGUGGUGCUGGAGGUGCUGGUUAUGCUGGCACUGCUCGUCCCGGAGGUGCUCGUACUGGAGGUGCUGGAGCUGCCGGAGCUGGUGGUGCUGCUGGUGCUGGUGGUGCUGGCACUGCUGGUCCCGGAGGUGCUCGUACUGGAGGUACUGGAGCUGCCGGAGCUGGUGGUGCUGCUGGUGCUGGAGGUGCUGGUGGUGCUGGCACUGCUAGUCCCGGAGCCGCUGUACCUCAUCUCGUGGCCAUGCUGCUUGCUCCUGAGGGAGACCCGGAUGCACUGGACAUCCCGACCCCGCGCUCUUACGUAGAGGCGAUUUCGGGUCAGUACUUUUCUCAGUGGCAGACAGCCAUGGACGCAGAGAUGGCAUCCUGGAAGUCCACAGGCACUUACGUCGACGAGGUUCCCCCUCCUGGGGCGAACAUCGUCGAUGACAUGUGGAUUUUCAGGGUGAAGCGGCCGCCAGGUUCUCCGCCUGUCUUCAAGGCUCGUUACGUUGCACGAGGCUUCAGUCAGCGACAGGGAGUUGACUUCUUCCAGACCUUCUCCCCUACCCCGAAGAUGACCACUCUUCGGGUGCUGCUGCACGUUGCCGCUUAG